GGUACUGCUUACUUGUAACUUAUAAUCUUAGCUUCAUCAGGUUUUUAUUAAAAUUGAUAUAGUUAAAUUAAAAGCGAGGGCUUAAAAAAAGAUUAAGAUUUCUCUGAGAACGAUGUCAGACCGAAAAGCUUCACAUGCCGGCAGCUGGUACUCUAGUUCAGGUCCUGAGCUGAGUAGGCAACUUGAUAACUGGUUGGGACAAGCUGAAUUAAGUCAUGGACCAGCAAGAGCAAUCAUUGCACCACAUGCAGGCUAUACGUAUUGUGGUGCAUGUGCUGCAUUUGCAUAUCGGCAAGUGAGCCCAGCAGUGGUCAAACGUGUGUUCAUUUUGGGUCCAUCACAUCAUGUUCGAAUUAAUGGAUGUGCUCUAUCAUCAGCUCGAAAAUAUAAAACUCCUUUGUAUGAUCUAUUAAUCGACACAGGAAUAUAUAAGGAGUUAGAAGCAACUGGAGAAUUUGAAUGGAUGGACAUGCAAACAGAUGAAGAUGAACACAGUAUAGAAAUGCAUUUGCCUUAUAUAGCAAAAGUUAUGUCAGAUUACAAAGAUCAGUAUACUGUAAUCCCAAUAUUGGUCGGAUCUAUUCCACCUGAAAGAGAAGCAGUGUAUGGAGAAUUAUUAGCAAAAUAUUUAGCUGAUCCACAAAAUUUAUUUGUAAUUUCAAGUGACUUCUGUCAUUGGGGUCAAAGAUUUCGAUAUACUUAUUAUGACAAAUCAUUUACAAAAAUUUAUCAAUCUAUUGAAAAUCUUGAUAAACUUGGAAUGGAUAUUAUUGAAAACCUGGAUCCUGAAUCUUUCUAUUCUUACUUAAAGAAAUAUGGAAAUACUAUUUGUGGUAGACAUCCAAUAGGUGUUCUUUUGCAGGCUGUAGCAAGUUUACAAAGAUCGGGUUACAAGAUGUCUUUGAAAUUUUUACAAUAUGCCCAAAGUUCACAAUGUGUAACUAUGGCCGAUUCAAGUGUAAGCUAUGCAUCUGGAGCUUUACUUAUGGAAUAAGAGAAGUGUUUUUAACAUUAUGAAAUAAGAUAUAAGUGCUUAUCGUCAUUAACAAGUAACUGUUAUGAUAUUGAAUAUAGAUUUUAGUUUGUGUUAAGUAUAAGAUUU